UAAAAAUAAAAAAUAAAAUUUUAAAAUGAAAAUGAAAAUGAAAAUCGCAAGUUUUGUAACGUGUAUACUCGUCAUCUUAACUAACGUCGUCCUGGCUGAUCCCAUUAAGGAUAAUAAUGUAGAACAGACAACGACACCAACAACAGGUGCAUUCAGCGAAUGCCUGGAAGCCGAUUCAAUCUCGUGUCUGCAAUUAACGUUUUACCGGAAAGCAAAAUCGUUUUUCGAGAAACCGCAAAUUGAAAUUUUUGGCGGCAUUACUUUACUGCGAGACGGUGAGGGACGUCAGGCCAAGGCAAUUAACGAAAAUGCUUUAGCUGUGGAAACGGCGCCUACUGUGGAGGCGCGCACCAUUUCGAUGAGCAACUAUUUGAUGGAGAAUGUUAAAAAUUUCCUCUUUGAACGUUCGCUGAAUUUUAAUUUCAACAACGCUGCCCGGUCUGUGGCUCGAGCCAUACCUGACGAUAUUAAGGCUGAUUUUCGCGAACUGCUUGUCGAACCUCGUCUAAAAAAGAAGAAACUUUUGAAAAAGUUGUUGCCCAUCUUGAUGGGUGUCGGCGUUAAAUUCGUUGUACUAAUGAUUGGAGCUCUAUUCGGCUUGAUGUUCUUGGCGAAGAAGGCGCUUGUCGUGUCAGUGAUUGCGUUCUUUAUGGCUUUGGCCGCUGGAGCUAGCAGUGGUUUAGGUCAAAUUGGUUCCGGCGGAGGCGGCGGACUUCUGGGCGGUCUAAGUGGCCUAUUCGGAGGUAAAAAUUCGGGCGGCGGCAGUUCAGGUUGGAGUUCAGGAGCAUCGAGCGCUGGGUGGUCUUCGGGCGGUGGCAGCGGUUGGGACUCGCAUGGUGCUUACAGUGCUCCCGUCGCUCAAUCAUUGGCAUAUUCUGGCUACAAGCAAAGCAGACGAUAAACCAUCCGAUAACAACUGAUUUAAGUUAUUUAGGUUAAAACUCUAUACAACAAAAAAAAAAGGAUUCCCUUUCUAGACAUACGUACAAGAAAAAUUAUUGGAAAAUUACGCGCGGAGAAAUAACGAUAAGUCUUAGAAGAAACGAACCA